AUGAGACGUCACCAACAAGCCGAAAACGAGGAAAAUGUCGACCUCGACGUCUUCCAUCGUCACUCUCCUCCUUCCGACUUUCCGCAUCCACCACCACAGCAGCUGCACCACUCAAACCACUCCAACUACUCCAACGUCUCAUCUUACGAUGAUUAUCGCGGCCGUCCCGUAGCUGACUUCUCCCGCCCUAUCCGCCCUCCUCAGCAGCCGUACCUUGAGGAGUACGGCAGCGCGACGUCGCCGUCCUGGGGUCCAACACACAUCUCCCGCUACAGCCAGCAGUCCUUCGAAACGCCGAUUCAAUCCCGCUCGGCCUCUCCUACCCUGGUCAGCGGCCGUGCUACUCCCAUGGACCGUAUGCCACGGCCGAAGAACAACAUGGAAUCAUGGCCCAACACCCCGAUGUACCAGAGCAAUGUCAGCCUCGCUGCUCUGCUUCCUAAUGCACCUCCUCCUGUUAUGGCUAAGGAUUGGGUCAAGGAGGGAUACAUUGCUCGCUUACACGACCGUGACGAUGCCGAAACCUGGAAAGGAUGGAAACGUCUCCUCUUCCGCGCCGUUCCUCUCCUCACCCUCCUCAACACGGCCCUGUACCUCGCCUACCUCGCCUACCGAAUCUUUUGCAUCAUCUCGGCUCAGAACGCCUACAAAAGUAGCUUUGUCUUGGCCUGGGUCUUCAUUGGCGUCGAAUUCGCCGUCGCUAUUCCCAGCAUGAUGCACAACCUCUGGACUAUGAUGGCCUUGAAGAAGCGUCAACGCCCCAAGUUGCGCCUGGUUGCCGACGAUGUCCCGACUGUUGACGUAUUUGUUACCUGCUGCGGCGAAGAUGACGACGUUGUUCUUGACACUGUCCGCGGAGCUUGCGACGUAGACUACCCCCGUGAUCGCUUCCGCGUUAUUGUUCUGGACGACGGCAAGUCAGCUACCCUCGAAGUUGCCGUAACGGCUCUGGAUUCCACCUACCACAAUGUCUACUACAUGGCUCGCACCAAAACUCCUGGCGUUCCUCAUCAUUUCAAGGCUGGUAACCUCAACUAUGGAUUGGACAUGACCCACAACCUCCCAGGCGGCGCUGGCCAGUACAUGGCUGCCUUGGAUGCUGAUAUGAUUCCAGAACGAGACUGGCUCCGUGCCAUCCUGCCCCAUUUACUUGUCGAUGACAAGAUGGCUCUUGCUUGCCCUCCUCAGCUCUUCUACAACACUCCUGAUUCUGAUCCCCUCGCCCAAAGCCUAGACUUUUUCGUUCACGUCAUUGAGCCGAUCAAGGAUGCUCUCGGUGUUGCCUGGUGCACUGGAUCCGGCUAUAUUGUUCGUCGCGAAGCACUCGAUCAGAUUGGCAACUUUCCGCUCGGCUCUCUCGCCGAAGAUGUUGCCACGUCCACUUUGCUACUUGGUAAGGGCUGGAAGACUGCAUUCAUCCACGAACCCCUACAGUUUGGCACCGUCCCUGAGGAUUUUGGUGGCCACUUGAAGCAGCGCACACGUUGGGCCAUUGGUACUGUCGACACCGCCUUCAAGCUCAGAUUUUGCUUGUACGGCGACAAGGUCAAGCAGAUGAGCUUUGCCCAGCGCUUCUCUGGCUUCCUGUACGCUUCGCUCAGUCUCUACACUGUACUACUCACUGUUUCUCUCUUCGCCAUCCCCAUCAUUCUUCUGAUGCGCCGGCCCCUUGUCGCCUACAACGACCUAGAAGGAGAUACCCAGCUGGUAUGGCUUAUCCGGGCCUGCUUUGCCGCCACCAUGGCCAACCGUCUCUGCGAGUUUGCUCUCUUCCUUCCCGCUGGUUACCACACUGGUCAGCGUGGUUCCCGCUACCAGCUCUGGAUGUCGCCUUACAUUGCCCUCUGCAUUGUCCGCUCUUUCAUGCUCCCCAAGUGGCUCGGCGGUCAAACCCAGGCAUUCAAGCCCACUGGUUCCCUUGGCUCCGCUCUCAACGAACGUGACGCUCGCCACCGCAAGGGUAUGGGCCGUCGCCUGUGGGGCAUCUGCUUCAACUACAUGGCCAUUUUCCAUUUGAUCUUUGUCUACAUGACCCUUGUUGGAGCCACCAUGGUCACCUUUCUCUGUUUCACCGAGUACAGUGCUUUCAAGGACGUUGCGCGCUGCCUCAUCACCCACGCCUUCUGGCCUCCCCUGACGUUCGUCUUCCUCUGCAGCUCUAUGUGGACCCCGAUUGGCUAUGCCAUUGAUCCUCCCACCGUGCCUGAUCGUGAGGAUCUUCUCAUUCGCGACCCCAAGACGGAUGUCGCCCAUCCCACGCGAAAGAGCAAGAAGAUUGCCUUUGGCCAGCAGGCUGCCUUUUUCGAGCUCGAAUACAGCCUUACCUCACUGUACACUAUUGCUGUCUUUGUUGCCUCGUUUAUCCUCUUCUAA